AUGUUCCCCCUCUACCCCACCCCCCGCCCCACCACUCCCACCACCACGCCCACACCCGCACUCAGCAGCACAACCCUCCCCGCAACCGGCCCAGCCCUAGCGCACAUCUACAGCGCCCUCCUCCGGCCCACGCUGCUCCCCCCGCCCGCGGCCUUCACCCAGCCGCUGCUCGACAGCUUCGUGGCGAAUCACGACCCGCUGCUGGAAGACACGACGCUGUUUACCGCGGGCACUAGGCUGCGUGAGGUCAGUGUGGAGGUCGAGAGGGUCGAGAGGGAGUGGAGGAGGUUGGGGGUUACUGAGCUGGUGGAUGGCGGUGCGGGCGCGGGUGCGGGUGCAGGCGUGAGUUUGAGCGAGGUGAGGGAGGGCAGGUUGAGAUGUAGGUUGGCGAAUCAAGCUGCGGGUACGGAUCGGACGAGGAAGGAGAGGCUGAAGGAGCGGAUGGAGGCUUUUGAGAAGGAGAUGAAGAAGGAAGAGGAGGAGGCAUUAAAGGCGUUCAAAGAGGGCUUGAGGAGGGCAGUUGGCGGGUAA